AUGACUGCUCUCCGGAACCCAAAGAAAACAGCCACUGCAUCGAGAAGAGGGAUGGAGGAAAUCAUCUACGACUUCUACUCUGAUCUCUUCGACAGCCAUGUCCACUUACCUCCUCACCAUCUGAGGGAAGAUGGACAAGUCAUUCCAGAGGUUCUCCCGUCCGAAAUACGACAUACUAUCAUGUCAGUAAGAAAUCGUACGGCACCCGGUCCCAACAGAAUAAGACCAGAACACCUGAAGAGCCUUCCGCCAGUACUCAUCAACACCCUGGCGAGGCUCUUUACACGUUAUCUGUCGGAAUGCAAAGUUCCUAAACAGUGGAAGACCAGCAAGACCGUGUUGUUGUAUAAAAAGGGAGAUCCACAUGACAUCGGCAACUAUCGUCCAAUCUGCCUACUGUCCGUCAUCUACAAGCUCUUUACAAGAGUAAUCCUUGAUAGGAUUGAAAAAGUCUUGGAUGAAGGACAGCCAUGCGAGGCAGAGUUUCGAAAAGGAUUCAGCACAAUUGACCACAUUCACUUGAAGAAGGCCUUCGACUCAGGUGAGACGGAAGGGGUCGUGGAAGCCUUGGACAACCAAGGCGUCCCUACUCAGUACAUAAAGGUACUUCGAGAGUUGUACAGUAGCUUCACGACCGGGAUUUCGCCAUUCUACAAGAACAUCGUCAUUGACGUGAAGAGGGUCCGACAGGGUGAUACAAUUUCACCCUAA